UUCAAACGGAUUUUACUAUGUCGAUCAUUUAGUUUGUAAGAUUUCUUAAAUAUCAUAACCAGGUUAAAAAUGACUAGUUCAUUAGAUGACACCAACGAAUGGGAGCUGAGUAAAGAAAACAUUCAACCGCUCAGACAAGGGCGGAAAUUUUCUUCACUUACAGCAGCCUUACAGCCACACUCCGUCGAUCAACAGAAAAUCAAACAACAAAAAGAUUUGUUUGAACAAGAGUUGAGAACCUAUGAUGGAGAUGACCCGUUGGAAGUGUGGUAUCAAUACAUUAAGUGGACCGAGCAAGCGUAUCCUAAAGGCGGGAAAGAUGGAAACCUCAAAACGCUGUUGGAGCGAUGCAUCACCAAAUUCAAAGAUUAUGAGGAGUACAAGAAUGACCCCCGCAACACAGAAGCUUGGAUCAAAUUUGCAAAUCUCUGCAAUGAUCCAAUAGAAAUAUUCACGUUCAUGUUCGACCAAGGUUUGGGCUGUGAGCAGGCUAUGCUGUAUGAGGCGUGGGCGUGGUCUCUAGAGCUCAUUGGAAGCAAGAAGAAAGCCGACCUGGUAUUUCUCGAGGGCAUCAAGAGGAGAGCUCAACCGGUGGAUGUCCUGUCGUAUAAACACCAGGAGUUCCAGGCUCGCACCAUGAAGGAGACGAUGAAGGGCAGUGACUCGGAUGAGGAAGUGAGUGAAGAGCAGCGUACGUCCCUCGGUCAGCUGAGAACCAGCGGGAAACACCGGUCUGUUGGCACCACAAGAACCGGGGCCGUCAAGAAGGCUGCUCGGGGUGGCCUCGGCCUGUUAGCUGAAACGAAACCAAAUGCUCAAGUGCCGCAGUCGUUUGAAGUGUUCGCUGAUGACGACAGCCGAGUAGGAGGUGUUCCCUUACAGACAGGGGAAUGGACGACUGUACCAAAACAAUCCCAGGCUAACAGAGAAAAUGAGAAGAAACCUGGACCUUGGAGUAAAUUCAAGCUCCCACAAAAGGCUGGAGUUGUACCAUCAUCUGGUGCCGUGAGUUUGCCAGUGUUUACAGUUCAUGAAGACACUCGCACAGACCACCCAUCCACCAUGUUGCAAAGAUUACCUGAACGAUGUGAUGGUGUUUUGAGUGCGAAAAAGGCUGAAAAGCCGCCGCUCCAUCACAUGCAGCAUGCGGCAGGCCAGACGGCCGACGUCCACCAGCGGCCAAUGUACUGCAAACACAAAAUCUACGCCGGGCUCGAUGAGUUCUCGUUUGAAGAGAUCCGAGCAGCUAACUUCUUUGUGAAGAAGAAAAAGAGGGAAGAAGAGCUGCGGUUGAUGGAAGAGAAGAGAUUGAUAGAAGAACAGCGACAACAGCUGCUGCGAGAGCGCGAGGAGUUGGCAAACCAGCAGGAGAGAAUUCGCAGGGAGAGGAGCGAGAUGCAUCAAUUACGGCAGCAGAUCACACAGCAGUCGCAGCAACUACAGCAACAGCAGCAACACCAGAUCAACACUGAAUGGAAAGCAAAUGCUGUCGAGCAGAGGGCGGUUAUUGAGCGGAGUUUCCAGCAGCUGUCGGUGACUGGUGUUAGCAGUGGGGGACAGGACCAAGCAGAAAGAAAUAACGGACAAGUGACCCAGCAGUUGAAUUUCGAUGAUAUGACCUUGCCUGGUACUGUUUCGGCUGACCUGGGUCAAGGUCAUGUGGUGCCAGGCGUCCCAAACGAGAGUCUGAACACCAGUGAACGGACGCCCAGUCUGACGUUACCACUCAACACGACUCACUCCUCGGGCUCACGGUCACGACACAGCGCCCCCAGUCCGUUCAGCGACAGCUUUCACAAGGGAAGAGGGGCCCUGACUGCGCCCUCUCCCACUGUGUGUACCCUGGAGGCUAUCAAUGCUGUUCGGGGAAUGUUCAACUCAUCGCUGGAGUCGGAUAAACGGAUGAUGGACACCAGCAACACGAUGGACAUGAAGGAAGAUGUGUUAUCGAGACAACCACAGCAGGGUAUCACUGCUUUGUUUAUAAAUAAAGGUGAACUGAUCUGCGACCAGGAAGCUCCGUUCACGAUAUACUCAACUGACGAGGCAGGCGGUGGGGCUGGCCCUAUACAGGUCUUCUGUGAUGACCAGGAGAACAAGGAGAACUGUAUGGUGUCUAGAACCGAUAAGAAACUGACCAAAAGGAAAGCUCUGGCUGGCAUUCUUCAGCCAUCACAGAGUGUCCCUGUCGAUCCCUCUGGAGAUAGUGACUUGAUAGUGGAGGUGACAGACCAGGUAAAGAAUGACGAGGAAUGUGAAAUGGAAGGGAUCGAGCGCCGCGCACUCGAUGACUACACAAUCGCAGCUGUCGGUUCCAGCGAGAGUUUCAGUGCCGCAGCUAAAUUUGCAUCCACACCAUACAACCCGGCUGGAAGACUUGGCAGUCAUGCAGCCAGCAUCUCGAAAUCACAUCUGUCGAAUGUGACACACGUGUCAAACAUCACACAGUCUUCAAAUGUGACACAUUCUUCAAAUGUGACGCAGUCUUCAAACGUGACACAACCUCAGAACUUUGAUGCGGCAAUGGCUACUCCUUCUAAGAAAGGACUGAGUCCAAUAUUUGAAGGCUUGAGCGAGGGGAGCAGCGAGGAGUGGAAAUCGCACGCAAGCAGUCUAGCCAGCCACUCAGCGGGGCUGAGCCUGCUGCACCAGUCUGACGGCCACGCCCUGCCCACCGUCCCCGAGGGGAAGCCCGGCCACUGUAUCGACAUGACCACCUAUGUGGUGCCCGAUCUGGACGAACACACGCAGGCCUUACACAACAUGUCGGUGAGGAUCGACCCGUGCAACCCAUUCGAUGAGCAGACCAUCGCUGGCUUCUUGGAAUCGCUGCCCACGCCACUCUCUGACUACCCUAACUAUGUGACGCUCGACUCAAAGAUACCCAAAAUUGUUUCAAAUGCAUUUAUCCACCUGGGUCAGGAGUCUUACCAAGUGCUGCGGUGUAUUGCACAGGGUGGAUUCGGCAAGAUAUUCUGUGCAGAUGAAUUUAACAUGGAAAAUAUGCUCAAUUCGGCAGACAGUGCAAAGGUUGUAAUAAAGGUACAGCAACCAGCUUGUCCAUGGGAGUUCUACAUCUGUUGUGAAAUUGCCAAGCGACUCAAACAACUGCAGAUGCCUGUGGAUAUUACCCCGUCCAUCAUGGCCAUUGACAAGGGUUACUUCUUCCACGACGGGAGUUAUCUGGUCAGUGAAUACCACAAGUACGGCUCACUGCUGAACGUGGUGAACCUGUAUGCAGGGAACAGAGACUGGGCGGCCACAUUCGAGUCGUUCGCUCUCUAUGUGACCAUCGAACUGCUGCACAUCAUGGAGAACCUGCAUCGCUGUCACAUCAUUCACGGCGACGUCAAGCCCGACAACUUCCUCGUCAUCAACAUCCCGCUGUGUAUCUCCGGCAAGACGAGAGACGAGGUGUUUGGAUCGAGCACCAAGUGUCUCAAGCUGAUCGACUUCGGACGCAGUAUUGACAUGACGAUGUACCCGCCCAACACUUUCUUCAUGGCCCAGUCCAACACGGCAGGAUUCCAGUGCAUCGAGAUGAAAACAAACAUGCCAUGGACUUACCAGACUGAUCUGUUUGGACUGGCUGGCACGGUUCACGUGGUGCUCUUUGGUUCCUACAUGAAGGUCUACCAGGAGAAGGGAACGUGGCGCAUGACAUCAAGUUUUGUGAGAAAGUGGAAUGUGCCGCUGUGGAAGAAUUUUUUCGACACCCUCCUCAACAUACCAAGUUGUGAUGAGCUGCCUGAUCUCGGCAAGCUGCGCACUGCGUUUGAAGAUUACUUCCUCGCUCAACACAUCCAGAAAUACAACCCAAUCGCCGUCAAAGUCUUCAGCCAUUUCAAAGACAUCCUCGACUCAUGACUUUGGUGAGGGCUGGCGAAAGUGACUAAAGACAUCUCUGUGUUAAACAGACACCUAAGUCAGUAUUAGACAGUGGUCUUUAUGACAAGUGCCUGUAUAAUAAAGGUGGCCGUAUGAUCAGGUUGGACAUUCUGAACUGUGUUAACUGCUGAAACAUACAAGACACUCAAACCUGUGGAUUGGACAGGGAGUCUUUAAACAAAGGUGACUGCUUAGCAGAGGUCGUCUGGAAAGACUUGUGCAAUUGCUGAAAGGACUGGUUACUGAAGCAUGUAUUAAACCGAGUCCGCAAUGAAAGAACUUGAUUAAUCAAACCGUAAUUAAUUGAGCAACAACCUGUUUAUAAAGGACGUUCAACAUGUUCCUGUCUAACAAUAUCUUAAUCUAAUCGAGCAUUGAUCAGUCAAUCCAAACACUUCACUACUAGAAAGUGAUAUACAAAGUUUGACAAUGGGACUGUGAUGGUAAAAUUGAGAUACUGCAUUGUAACAAGUUUAAACUAGUGAAUAUACAUUUUAUUGGCCUGUACGCACUGAUCUGGGCCCGUACUUUCAGAACUUUUAGUCCAGACUCAAUCUCUAAUGAUAUCACACGUAUACUAUUUGUAUGGUGUUGCCAUGACGUUACUGUUUCAGACACAAUCUCUGAUGACAUCACACGUAUACUAUUUGUAUGGUGUUGCCAUGACAUUACUGUUUCAGACACAAUUUCUGAUGACAUCACACGUAUACUAUUUGUAUGGUGUUGCCAUGACGUUACUGUUUCAGACUCUUUAGAAUCUAGAAUCUAUAAGUUUUAUAAGCACCGGGUCAAGACUUUUUAAGGAAUGUCAGAUGACAGAUGAGAGAAAUAUUCAUCAUUGAAAAACCUGGUUCUAGCUUGCUCGUUACUUUUUCUCAUUUGUCAGGGUCAAUGAGUUUAAAUGUCUCAUAUAAAUGUUUUAUCUCCAAGUACAUCUAAGGGGGGUAGUGGGUAGUGGUGUUUAACUCUGCUGGUUUACUACAUAAAGAAACAUAAGGCAAAUGUCUACAAUUGAAUUUUUGACCCGCUGUUUACAAUAUACAUUUUGAAAUAUUGCUGGUAGUACAAGUACUCUUCAGCUUGAAUAAUGCAACUACUGAACCACAUUCUGUGUAAUCUAUUAACUGAGAUUUGAAAAAAAGAAGCUCUCUAUGUUGUAAAAUUUAUUCAUCUUUAUUACAAGAUUAGGGUCUGUAUUUUAUAACAGUUUAUUAGAAUGACAGCCAGAGUCACACUUUUUUGUGAAAAGUUUUGAUUUCUGAUUGUUUUACCCACUGAUGUUCCAGGGAACAAUAUUUCAAAAUAUUAGGUAACCAGAAAUCAGUUGAUAUGAUUGUUACUCCGCUAACUGAUUAUUUGAUUAUGUCAAUUAUAUUUACGUAACCCAUGAGUUGCAAUUUGACUACUAAUGUGUUGUGCGUCAAGUGUCCAAAAAUAAGGCAGUAUAGAAGCCAUGAUUGUUGGAAUAUAUGAAUUAAGUUCUGGUGGUCCUUAAGUUUGCAACUUUUAAGUUUAGAAAACAUAACAAUUUACCAUGUAACCAGUCAUAGUCAAAAUAAUUCGUAUAUUUUUUAUAAUAUAUUAUGUUUCAAAGACAAAUCAUGACUGCACUUGUAUUUUUUAUAUAUAUAUAUAUAUAUAUAUAUAUAUAUAUAUAUAUAUAUAUAUUACUUGUAUAUAUGUCUGUGUGAGUGUGUGUUUUUUUCCUCUUCCGGUGUGAAUGUGUGUAUGAAUAUUUACGAUAUAAUAGAUCUUUCAGAACACAUUUUGUAUAAUUAACUUUUUCUUCUUUUUUUGGUUAAGUUACUCAUCUGUUGGAAGACUGAACAUUAAAAGCUAUAUACACAGAUAACAUAAUAUACAACUGUUUUUGUAUCUGUAUCAUUAAUAUUCAUACUUAUAACCUCUUGCUAACAACUACCAAUGGUUUAUACUCUAUUAAAAUGUCUAUCAGUUUACUGAGCUGUUAUAUAUAUGUGGAAUUUUGUUUUGUAACUUUGUCACUUCAUCCCUGUGGUUGGGACAGAUGACAAAUGUAAACAGGGGUUUUGUGAAAAAAAAAUAAAAAAAAUUUAACAAUUAAAAAAACAUAUGUUGGUUACCACAAAACUACCAAUCGGUGGUGUGCAUCGGGCCUGAAUGUGAAUCUGAAACGGACACAUGAACAGAUCGUUUGAAAUAUAGUGGUCUGGUGUUAGGUUAGGAUCAAUUUUUAAAUAUAUAUUUAUUCAUAUAUGUAUGCAGAACAUUAUUAAGUAAUAACAGAAGCAGUAUGAUAAAUGAGAACGGUGAUUGCUUGCAAGGGAAUAACAAUAUCAAAGAUUUAAAACAGUGUGCAGACAUAUUACUAGUCUAGUGAUUUGGUACAUCAAACCAGAACAUGUGGAGAAUUUAGUAAAAUGUGUGAAAAUCCUUGGCUCAUCGCAUCUGGAGUAAGCACUGUACUGACUGAGUUAAAUCCCACCCCAAUGUAAUGGUGAUUCCAUUGGCCGUGAUCAGUAAUACUGUGACAGUAUUGUAGUUAUAAAUAACAUUACAAGUCGGCUGCAGUGAAUAACGGGUAUUUAACAUCUUCUGUAUGGGAAGGGCUUUCUGUCCACUUACCAAAGUAUAAAAAGAAAGAACUAAACUAAAAUAAUGUUAGAUGGCAGAAAAACGAUCGCCUGUCCUCUAGAACUGGUGGUUAAAUUUUGCAGCUCGUCCGUCAGAAAUAUCCUGGCAUUUGGCAAGCAGUCUAGUAGUAAUGUGUGCACCGUGUAAUAUAACCUGUUUAUUUUGUGGUUCAGUAUGAACAGUCGUAACACAUGAAGUAGUCUACAGGUGUUUAUAAUACUAGUACAGGUGUAACGACAUCUCAUUAAAAUGUUCACAGCUAUUUUCAGGUGUUUUGUUUUCAUUUGUCGUUUUCCAAUUGUUGUUCAGGUUUUCUUUUGAAGUGUAUAAAAUUGUACUUUGUCAAAGCAGUCAUGGUCUCUCUUCUCACAGGUUAUUACAUUUAUACACAUUGGAACCCAUCUAUAACCCGACCCAAGUCACCCAACACUACUUUCAUAAUAUUUUAAUAAUAAAAGCAAAUCCAUCCUCCACCAUUGAGUGAGAGCCCCUGAAAUCAAUAACAAUUUUACAAAUUGCUUCAAGAGACAUAGUGACUAUCUGUACAGUUUAUACUUGGAAAAUGGAAGAUUUCUUUAAUCAUGCACCCCCAUAUUCGUCUUGUAUAGGUUUCAUUGCUAUCCUACACACACAGACAACAGACAGACACGCACACACAGACGCACACACACACUUCUAUCUGUCCUUUCCACUCUCCCAGUUUAUCCAUCUCCAAUCUGGCCCAGCAAUUUAAAAUGAACCUUUUUUUCUUUUUUUUUAACACUACAGCAUAUUUUUCAGUCCGAGCAGUUUAAAAAAAAUUGAAAUCAGACGUUACUUAGAUUUUAUUGUUGAUCCAUUUCCAUAUUUCCGUAGUGUUUCUGGUCAUCCUGGUGGAUUUAAUACCACGAAAUUUAUAUAUAUAUAUAUAUAUAUAUUUGCAUAUUUACAAAACCGCACAUACCUUUGAGAAGUAAUGAUUAUGAAAACGAGCUGCUCUGGUCUAUUUUAAGGGUAUUUCCCCGUUUCAAGGUUACAGACUCGUGUUUUUACUCUAUUGUAACUUUAAACAAAUUUGUUACAGGUUUGUAGAUUAACCAAACUUGGUGUUAAUUUUCACAGAUUGAAACUGGGCUCUGCGACUUAAUAAGUCUAGUUUUCAUACACUUAAUAUUAAGACUGCAGUCUCCAGUAUAUUUGUAAUACUCAAACAUUUGGAAUAAACUUGGUUUUCUCGUAA